AUAUGCUCCCUAUUUCUCGCUCCUCCGCUUCCUAAUUUCCUAUUAUAACUAAACUACUACUGGUAGUCUAGUCUCUCCUCUCUCUCUCUCUCUCCUCUUCCGGCCGGAAUUUUUCGAAAUGGACGUGCGCCGGCGAGCUUAUAAAGUUCCUCGCCCAACUGCCGCGGUCAUCCACCAGGAGCAGCAGCAGCAAUCACAAGCGUCGGGAUCGGCGGCCCCCAAGGCAUCAGAUGCACUCCCGCUCCCUCUUUACCUGACCAACGCCAUUUUCUUCACUCUUUUCUUCUCGGUGGCGUACUACCUGCUGCUCAGGUGGCGAGACAAGAUCCGCAACUCUAUGCCCCUCCACGUCGUCACUUUACCGGAACUGGCCGCCAUUGUCUCUCUCAUCGCCUCCUUCAUUUACCUCCUCGGCUUUUUCGGCAUUGACUUUGUCCAGUCCUUCAUUGCACGCGCCUCCAACGACGCCUGGGACCUCGAAGACGACGAUGUUGACGUCGACCCUCCCGAACACCGGCUCCUGACGUGCCCUCCCUCUGCUCCUGACCAUCUGAUUCCGGCGGUUACCUCUGCAGAAGACGAAGAAAUCGUAGAGUGGGUUAUCAAGGGAACAAUCCCCUCACACGCGCUCGAAGAAAAAGUCGGAGACUGCAAGAGAGCGGCCUGCAUCCGAAGAGAGGCUUUGCAGAGGAUUACUGGGAGGUCAUUGCAGGGCUUACCUGUGGAUGGCUUCAAUUAUGACUCCAUUCUCAAGCAGUGCUGCGAAAUGCCAGUAGGCUACGUGCAGAUUCCGGUGGGGAUCGCAGGGCCAUUGCUCCUCGAUGGUUUCGAGUACUCUGUCCCCAUGGCUACCACAGAGGGCUGCUUGGUUGCCAGCACCAACAGAGGAUGCAAGGCUAUCUAUGUGUCUGGUGGGGCCACCAGCACCAUCUUGAGGGACGGUAUGACCAGAGCUCCUGUUGUCAGGUUCCCCUCAGCCGUCAGAGCGUGCCACCUCAAGUUUUUCCUCGAGAAUCCAUCCAAUUUCCAGGCCUUGGCCGACGAAUUUAACCAGUCAAGUAACUUUGCAAGACUCCAGAGUAUCCAAUGUUCUGUUGCUGGCAAAAAUCUGUAUAUGAGAUUUAGCUGCUGCACAGGUGAUGCAAUGGGAAUGAAUAUGGUUUCCAAGGGGGUUGAGAACGUCCUUAGAUACCUUAAGAGUGACUAUCCAGACAUGGAUAUUAUUGGCAUCUCUGGAAACUUUUGUUCGGACAAGAAACCUGCUGCUAUUAACUGGAUUGAAGGGCGAGGCAAAUCAGUAGUUUGUGAAGCAAUUAUUAAAGAAGAAAUAGUGAAGAAGGUAUUGAAGACCAAUGUUGCUACACUAGUAGAGCUCAACAUGCUCAAGAACCUUGCUGGUUCUGCUGUUGCUGGUGCUCUUGGUGGAUUUAAUGCCCAUGCAAGCAAUAUUGUCUCUGCUAUCUUCAUAGCAACUGGCCAAGAUCCAGCACAAAAUGUUGAGAGUUCCCACUGCAUUACCAUGAUGGAAGCUGUCAAUGAUGGGAAGGAUCUUCACGUCUCUGUGACUAUGCCUUCCAUUGAGGUGGGCACAGUUGGGGGUGGAACUCAACUUGCAUCUCAGUCUGCAUGCCUGAAUUUGCUUGGGGUGAAGGGUGCAAGUAAAGGAUUGCCAGGGGCAAACUCAAGGCUCUUGGCAACAAUUGUGGCCGGUUCAGUUCUGGCUGGGGAACUUUCCCUGAUGGCUGCAAUAGCUGAUGGUCAGCUUGUCAAGAGUCACAUGAAAUACAACAGAUCCAGCAAAGAUGUAUCCAAAGUGCCUCAUAUGAAUGAUUUGGCAUCAAAUGGAUUAGAAUAAGAGCUGUAAAGGUUGAGAGGAAACAGUACACAGACUGUCGGGGUGGGCAAGAAAGCAAAAAUCAUGGCUGUUCCCAUGUGAGAUUGUUUGGCAUUUAGUAGGUAUUAAGAUUGCAAUUCUAAAAAGAUGGAGAGAACUACAACAUGACUCUCCAUCAAUGUGGGGUAUGAAUAAUGAUCGAAUCUCUUACCAAGCUGGAACAGUCCCCACUCACAUAUUAGUCUUUGUUGUGUACAUCCUUUGAAAUUUUAGUUGCCCUCUCUCCUUCUUGGUUUCUAUUAUGUGUUUGUAGUUCUGGAUCAAGGGGUCUGACCCUGAGCCAUUGUUUUAUGCUUAUGUUGCGUUGUAGACAGGAAUGAGAACUUGCAAAAAAAUUCAUUUGAGUACAAAAGGCUUGUAGUAAUUGGUGUAAUUAUUCUAGAAAUGCUUUUAAUGCAGUUUGGCAUUAGUGGGUUUUGAGUGUGGAA